AUGUCUCUGGUGGCUUGUGCUAUCUCUGGGUUCCUCAUCGCGCUUGUGUCCUCUCUUUAUCUCGGGACGAGGAAGGGUAAGGGCGGCCUUUUACCCCCCGGUCCACGAGGUUUCCCAAUUGUAGGAAGCGGGCUUCAAAUUAAUAACGCAGAACCUUGGGUGACCUUUAGUAAAUGGGGCGUGAAGUAUGGUGGCCUAGUGUAUUGUCGAGCUUUUGGUCAGGGACUGUUUAUUGUCAACUCUGAACGCGUCGCACACGAGUUGCUUGACAAGCGCUCGUCCAAUUAUUCUGACAGAACAUUCGCCAAGGCUCUUGAUGUCUUUGGGUGGGAGUGGAAUCCCGGUUUCUUGGGUUAUAAUGACACCUGGAGAACCUCCAGGCGCAUAUUUCACCUGUCACUCAAUCAAGAUGCUGUUAGACAGUUUCGGCCCAUGCAGAUGAAUAGGGCUCAUAGGCUCUUGUGCGACCUGUUGGAUGACCCAAACGAAUUUGAAAAAUACUAUAGGGAGCACUCCGCCUCAAUCAUAUUGUCUGCCACAUACGGGCACGAUACUACUAAGAACGACGAACUCGUGUCUUUGAUUGAAACAUCUGUUGCGUGGAUUGUCAAGUUCGGCACACCUUUGUGGAUGGGCAUGAUGGACGCGUUUCCGUUUAUCGCACGCGUCCCGAAGGCGUUCUUUGGGAUAGGUGUGAAAGAGAUGAUCGAGGAUUGUCGCUGGCACAUGGAACAGAUGGUUAAAGUUCCGUACCAGCGCACUCUCGCUUAUAUGGCUGAAGGCGAUCACAAACCCUCGAUAGUUGCGAAUGCUCUGCGGAAGGAAAUUCAUCAACCCGUAUCAGAGUAUUUCGAAUGGUGCGUCUCGGGUGCGGCGGGUGCGGCGUACUCAGCAGGAGCAGAUACGACCUAUACCACCCUACAAGUGUUCACCAUGCUCAUGGUGUUACACCCGGACGUACAGCGUCGGGCACACGAGCAAAUAGAUUCAGCUGUAGGAUUUGAUCGGCUUCCCACCUUCGAAGACCGUGGCUCUCUCCCAUUGAUCGACGCGAUCCUGCGAGAGACAUUGAGGUGGUCGCCCGCUGUGCGCGUUAACAUUCCACAUGGCGUCACCGACGACGAUGUUUAUGAUGGCUACUUUAUCCCAAAAGGUACCAACAUCGUAGUCAACAUAUGGGGCAUCUUCCAUGACGAGGGACGUUAUGAGAACCACAUGCAGUUUAACCCCGACCGGUUUCUGGACUCGAAGGGCCAUCUUACGGAAGACGAUUCGCAUAUGCUCGCGUUCGGGUUCGGGAGACGGAUUUGUGCUGGGCGCCAUCUUGCUGAGGCGACGCUGUGGUCGGCUAUCUCGUGCAUACUCGCUGCAUUCGAGUUUUCCAGGGCGAUCGAUCAGAACGGAAAUGAGGUUGAUAUCAACCCUAAAUGGACGGUUGGACUGACAAACUGUCCAACGGAGUUCAAAUGCUCGAUUACGCCUAGGGAAGGGUGCAAGGCGAGGGUAGAGGAAGCUCGACUUGCAGCAUAUGGUCACAGAGCAUCAGCGUAA